AUGGACGACCUCAGCUUUCUGAGCCAAGCUGCUGCUGCCGACGCCUCAGCGACCUCGACUCUCAUGGUGCUGUUGCCUGAUGGCUCCGUUACCCAAAUCCACAACAUCAACAGGUUCACACUUCUCGACAAAUGUCCGUUUUUGUUCCACGCCUUCGAGUUCCGCGAGUUCGGCGACGUCGAGCAGGCUAGCAUAGAGAUAUUCUUGUCCGACUCAUCGCCGUACAAGGCUACGUCACGCUCCGCUAUCGUAUCGCUACUUAGGUUCCUGUAUACUGGGACCUACCUUCUCGACCCGGAUGGGUGCUUGGGCUCCCUUCUCCCGCACGUCGAAGCCUUCAAGCUCGCAGAGGAUUUCGACGUCCCCGAGUUCCAAGUUCAAGCUUAUGUUAACUUCACACGAGAGACCGAGUUUUCCUGUUGCAACGCUACUCCCCCCUCUGACCUAUGUGACACGAUCAAGUUCAUCUACCAGCACUUUGCUGGUCAGGAGUCGCAGGAACAUCAGUCUCUCCUAGACACAAUACUCAAUUACUGUGUCUCUGUCUUCACCUACCAAGUCCUUGGUGAUCGACAAGAUUUUCGCCAAACCGCCUUUGAGAACCCUACCUUUCAUCGAGGCCUCUGCAGGAUCAGCAUGAGUAGGAAUUUCGAGGACGAAGGAGCGAACGACAUCGUGCAACUACCCGUGUGCCGCCCGACGCCCCACUCGCAGUCCGCCCUGCUCAAGCGCGCCAUCGGCGAUUUCCAGUACGAGAUAUGGCAGGAAGGCGAGGAGCCUACGUUGGAAGCCAACGAGAUCGAGAACAGCAGUCCCACGAAGAAGCGGAAACCGUCACAUGGCGGCUUCAUGCUUGUCCACAGACCCAAGACAACUGGUGGAGGAGCAACUUUAUCCGAAAGCGAGAGCGAGUCUGAGAGCUCGGCCGACGAAUACGGUUUCUCGCUUGUUCACCGUCCCAAGCUUGAGGGGAAAUCCAACCCAGCCUCAACCGCUUCCCCGACACUCAGCGACACUUGUACAGACCUAUUCGUAGACGCACCUCUGCCGACUGUGACCGAACCAGAGCCUGGGCAGGAGUCCAACCAGCAUCCCAAGCAAGAGACUGCUGGUUUGACCUCCGAUGACGAAUGGGAUCUUGUCUAG